AUGCAACAGUUACAUCUUGCAUUGCCUUUCCAUGUCCACCUCUUCCUCUUCUUCCUUUCCGCCUUUCUCCCACCACUCAUCACCUUGGCGGUGGACAUAGGGCCAAAAUGCAAUAAUGAUUGGCUCUUUCCCUCUCUCGGUGCUCGAAUCUACUCAACCGAGAAGCGAGGAACAAACUUUGGCUACUCAGUGGCCAGUUAUGUGGCCCAGUCCCAGGCGUUUUGUCUGGUAGGUGCACCGAAAGCACGAAAUACGUACGACUUCCUAAGUCCUGAUCCUGCCGACACACUUCGUCAGCAGGAUACCCUCACCUCAAUGUUCGGCAACACCACGGGAUUAAUUUACCGAUUGAAUUUGGAUAUGGAAUACCCCGAUUGCAGUAGAAUGCCAAUUGCGGACAAUAAUGAAGAUAGACGACUGUUUGGGGCGUUGGAACCUGGAAUCUCCUUAUGGAUCGGCGGUUUGGUGGCAGCCGCCAGCAACGGCGGAGACGGACUCCAACUCGGCUGUGACCCGCGUUACCUCUACACCCCCUCCGCUCUCAGCCCCUCUUCCAAAACCUCCAGCACCUCAGCCUCUUUGCCUGGUUUGGAGGUACAAAACCUGGGCACGGGCACCUGCGCCCUCUACACCGGAGUCUCCAUGCAGUACACUCCCAUUGAUGCCUGCGUCAGCGCUGAGGAAGGCGCUUGUCUAUCUGGUUUUAGCGGUGUUCUCGAGUCAGGCGAUGAACCAGGAGAAGCUUACGCAGUUCUUGGAAUGCCCGGCUCCUACCUUACCGAAGGGAACGUCUUCUUCGGGCACUACCAAGGUCAGCGGGUUCUGAAGCAACUGCGGUUGAAGAGUACACCACAGGACCUUAAACACAAGGGCUUCAACCUGGGCUACGCGGUUGGCCUGUACAAGCAUCCGCAAUGGGAAAAUCAAGAGUCAUCUCCCUCACACAGCCGAUUCACCAUUCUUGCCUCAAGUCCCAUGUGGGCGGACAAUGACUAUCGUGGUGUGGUCAUGCUUCUGACCGAGGCCCUCAAUCUAGACUCGAUCCAGUAUAUUAGCGAUAAAUGGGGCCACAUUGGCAGUUUCUUCGGAUAUAGCAUUGCAGCCGCUGAUUUAAACGGUGACGAAAUCCCAGAAAUCAUCGUAGGAUCUCCCUACUUCUCUGAAAAUCAGAGGUUUACAAAGUCGCAGGAAGGUGCUGAAACCUCACCAGACAUGCAGGCGGACCAGCCAAAGCAUUCAGAUGAAGGUGAUGACCCGGAAAGCCGCUAUCGACCGAUAAUUGCCGAUGUGGGUCGCGUGUAUGUCUUCUAUGGCAAAUCACCAGAGGGGAUCAAGGGUGCGGGAUACAUAGAGAGCGAGAGUGAUCCGGGUCAGCGUGGCCGCGGGGAGUAUAUGCAUGAGCCACCGGUGAUCUUAAAGGGACCUCGACGUUCUGGUGGUCGAUUUGGUCAUGUAGUUCUCUCAAUGGGAGAUCUAGACGGUGAUGGCACUGAGGAUUUGGCUAUCUCUUGCCCCUUUUGUCAGGACAUCCGCAAAUCGGUCGAUAGGGGUGCUGUUUAUGUUUAUCUCGGGCGAAAGAAUGCGAAGAUCAAGGAUGAACCAGACCAGGUAAUCCAUCCUGCUGAUCUACCCACAAAAGGUGUUUUUGCCUGUGAAAACGCAAUUGACGAUACAUCACCCCUAAAACGACCGUUUUCGGCUUUCGGCUGGAGCAUGGCGUCAAAGUCAGAUGUCGACGGGAACAUGUCCCCCGAUUUAGUUGUUGGGGACUACGAAAGCGAACAGAUUGUGACGCUCCGAUCUAGGAACCUGGUGUGGCUGGAACAGCCACUAUGGAGGCUUCCAGAGGGACCCACACUUGAUUGGUCAAGUCCACAUAAUGACCCCUGCGAAUCUUCCCGCUGCCAUUACCGCGUUGCUCUCAACCUCAGUCUGCACGCUCGAGAGACCCUCUUCUCCUCUAAACGCUCCGUGUCCCUUCUGUUCCGCUAUCGCAUUGAUUUGGACAGUCGAAUAAAACAGGAGAACGGCAAGCGCCUGGAAUCCGUACAACUUGGCAAAUCCAUCGUAGAAGACACGGCAGAGAUCCAACUUUCUAGCUUGAAAGGAUACUCAGUAGGGUUUCGUCGAUUUCAAUUGUUUGAAAUGACCGUCGGACCACGUUGGCACCAGACAGUACAGCAACUGUGGAAACCAGUGGUCAUUAAUGUGACCAUCGAAAUGCUUUCCGAACACAUGGACUUUGUCGCGACUAAAGGUGCCCAAAUACCCGCCUGGAGUCUUCAUCCUCUAAAAGGGGAUCGUAUUUUUCUCAGCCAACCCAUGUAUUUCUCCAACCCAGACUGCGGCUAUGACGAUAUCUGUGUACCAGACUUGAAUGUCGAGGUAUACGACACCUCAGAGGGCUUCGAAUUCGGUGGAGAGGGUCCGUCAACAAUUCACUACAAAGAGAGGGUCACUGAGCGCAACUUCACAGUGGCGGUAAGGAACCAGGGCGAAAAUGCCUACGACACGAAGGUGCGUGUCCACAUACCCGCUCAUUUUGCCUACACACCGGACAAAAACUACGCCUGCAAGAUCGAAUCUGAACCGAUUGAGAUGGAGGAGGAAGAUGUGGUAGGGAAGAGUGAUGACGACAUCACAGUGGAUGGAGAUGAUGCAGGGAUGGAAGUCAACAAGUCAAGAAUUCCAAUAACCACGGUGGUUUGCAGCCUCACCAACCCUUUCAUCACCACUUAUUCACAAUGGGAAAAGAUCCGCUUCCAGUUGGGCACUUUAGGUGCCUUUCAACCUCCGCCUGGCGGAGCCCGAACCCGGUCUCUUGAAGCACUAAACGGCUCACAGACCAGUGGGAAUGCCAACGAUGCUGGGGUCAUUACCCCCGUUUGGCAGCCUCCCAGGCGGCUGGAAAUUGUUGCUGAAGUGACCAGCGACAAUGAGAAUAUGCGCAAUCGCAAAGUGGUCGCCAAGUUUGCAUACGACCUUAAACUCUUUGCUGAUAUCAAGCUCUCUUCAUCCUCAGUGGGUCACACGGUAUUUGAUCGGCGGAACUUCUCCUCCCAAUUUACCGAGCGUCAGCGCGUGCACCCAGAGAGUAUCGGACCUGAAUUUGAGCAGAUCUUCCUUGUCUCGAACCUGGGACCGUCACCCAUGGAGAAUAUUUGGGUCAACCUAAGUGUACCGCUUCAAACCGAGGCCGGGGACUUUCUGGUCUACCUGCUGGAUCUCAUCCGAACUCAGAACACCGGUGGUGGACCGCCCCUACAAAUUCCCGUCACCCCUGAUGUGGUUAGUGCAGACGGUCAGCUGAGAGGAACCUGUUACACACCCGAAUCAGCUAUUAACCCACUGCGUCUGACCGCCGUUGAUCGAAAACGCAGUGGAGGUUCGAGUACCGGCAUGGGACGCAACUCAGCACGUUCCUUCCUCCAUCGAGGCCGACGCAACACAGAGACGGAUAUCGAGACCGCCUACGAGUCAGCGCCACCGGUGCGCGAGGCACGGUCCGCCGCCAGUGCUGACCUCCUGAGCGAGCGCAUACAGCAGCAGAAAAUCGUCUCCUGUGAUCACCCCCUCGAGAGCCUCGGUUCACCUAUUUGCUUGCAUAUUCCCUGCAAAAUUGACCGGCUUGGUCGGGGCGACGCAGUGCGGAUAGUCUUCCGUGGAUGGGUGUGGGCCGACACUCUCUUCCGGCAUAAGUUCUCAGACGUCGCCAUCGUUAUCACGGCAACUGCCCAGAUUCCUUUGUACGCCUUCGGCAUACCAGUAACGGGCAACUUCACCAUUACCGGCCUGACUGUCUCGCAGAACUUCGUCUUCGAAGGUAUUAAAAUGAUAAUCACUCAAACCAUCCCCAUCCUCCCCGUCAUCGUCGGUGUCGUGUUGGGCAUCCUUCUACUAAUCAUCAUUAUUAUUAUCAUGUGGCGGUGCGGUUUCUUCAAACGCAAACGGCUUACGGACGAGGCAGCGGCGAGUGGUGCGAUGGCUAAGGGGGAAAACGGUCACAAACCGGUUUGA